UGUAUGAUGUCGCUCCUGUUUUUGUUCCUAGGGGAAAACUAGAAACAUCAAGGUUGAUACGGCUCUGAUCUUGAAGAUAAGCUUUGUGGAAAAACACACAAUUCCAAGGAAUCUGCAGUGGGUCGGGUCUGUGUCUGUUUCCAUCUUUCUUCAUCAUAUCAUCUCUCUUUUGCCGCCGCCACCACUCGAUCGGUUCGGUGAGGUUCAGAUCACUGCAUGCACCCAUUUGCUUGCUAACCACCCACCAAAGGUAUUAUUAUUAAUUCAAGAACAUGGAGACCAUUACCAAUGUGAAGGAAUAUGAAGUGAUUGCUAAGGAGAAAUUGCCCAAAAUGGUUUAUGAUUAUUAUGCCUCUGGGGCAGAGGAUCAGUGGACUCUCAAGGAGAAUCGAGAUGCGUUUUCUAGGAUUCUAUUUCGACCACGGAUUCUUAUUGAUGUGAGUAAAAUCGAUACGAGCACAACUGUUUUGGGAUUCAAGAUUUCAAUGCCCAUAAUGGUGGCUCCCACAGCUAUGCUAAAAAUGGCUCAUCCUCAAGGAGAAUUUGCGACUGCAAGAGCAUCUUCAGCUGCCGGGACGAUAAUGACUCUGUCUUCAUGGGCUACUUCCAGUGUUGAAGAGGUUGCUUCCACAGGACCUGGGAUUCGAUUCUUCCAGCUCUAUGUGUACAAAGACAGGAAUAUCGUCGUGCAGCUACUGAAAAGAGCUGAAAGGGCUGGUUUCAAGGCAGUUGUCCUAACGGUAGAUACACCGAUUCUUGGGCGAAGGGAAGCCGAUAUUAAGAAUAGGUUUAUUUUGCCGCCUCACUUGACACUGAAGAAUUUCGAGGACUUGGACCUCGGGAAAAUAGAUAGGACUGAUGAGUCUGGACUUGCUUCAUACGUUGCUGGCCAAGUUGACCGAUCGCUUAGCUGGAAGGACGUGAAAUGGCUUCAGACAGUAACCUCACUACCAAUUAUCGUGAAGGGCGUGUUAACUGCAGAGGAUGCGAGGAUAGCAGUGCAGAACGGGGUAGCAGGAAUUAUUGUAUCAAACCAUGGAGCUCGGCAACUAGAUUACUCUCCUGCUACUAUUAUGGCCUUAGAAGAGGUCAUUAAAGCUGUGCAAGGCAGAGUUCCGGUUUUCUUGGAUGGAGGGGUUCGACGAGGAACUGAUGUCUUCAAAGCGCUAGCCCUCGGAGCAUCUGGCAUAUUUAUCGGAAGGCCGGUAGUGUUUUCGUUGGCUGUUGAUGGGGAGGAUGGAGUGAGAAAGGUUUUGCAGAUGCUUCAUGACGAGUUUGAGCUGACGAUGGCUUUGAGCGGGUGUCGAUCCAUCCAAGAAAUUACUCGCAACCACAUCGUCGCUCCAUGGGAUGCUCCUCGUGUUGUUCCUAGGUUGUAACAACUUGGAAACCAUAACAAUGGCGGUCAAACGUUGUAUUGUGUCUUCUUAAGUUGUUCUGCCAAUAAUUUUCUUAUUAGUCGAUCUAGAUGUUGGAGACUACGUUAUUUAAUUUGGUAUCAAAACAAUAAAGUUAGAAAGUAUGCUGUUUUUUGGACUUUCAAUAAGAUUCAGGAGCGUUAUGCUGU